GUAGGAGUCUGAUCUGGUAACCCCACCCCCAUAAUGUCCUUUUCCCUUCAUGUAUAAAAUUUUGUUUUGUGCGUUUUCACUACACAUUAAAAAAAUAUUUUUUUGUUAUCAAACCCCACAAAUAGCCCUGAGAGAACAGGUCUGCGAAGGACAAGAUUUUCUGUACCAUAAGAUUAGUUUCAAAUUUGAUAAUCAUUACAAUUGAUUACAACAGGAUGAGGGAGAUAUAAACCACCCCCAAAAAAAAAACAGAACUAUAUUAGAUUAACUAGUUAUAGAGAAGGAGAGAAAGAAAGCAGCAGCUUAAAACAAAGACCAAUAAAAGAUCAACAAACUGGACCCUCUGUCUACAUAUAUUAUGCUUUCACAAUAAAGCUUUGAUCUUUACUGCAUCUUACUUGCUUUUUAGUCAUUAGUGUCUAGUUCUCAUUUAGUUUUUGCUCCAGAAGAAGACUUUGGUUUCUUGAGGUGAAAAGUUUCAUCAAGAAUGGUCUGAAAGUUGUUUGCAUGGCGAGUCAAGGAAUUGGAGAGACUGGUUUAACAGAUUCAGGGCCAUCACACCACCACAAUAUGCCAUAUACAGUUUUUAGAGGGCUAAAUCCUGCUAGCUCAAGCUUCAUGUACCAUUCUACUCCCAAUAAUCAAGAAGGACCCGGUUUUGAUUUUGGAGAGCUAGAAGAAGCUUUUGUACUGCAAGGAUUUAAGAUCAGUAAUGAUGAAGCUAAAGCAUCUUUAUAUGCAGCAGCCACAGGGAAGCCUGCUGCAACACUGGAGAUGUUCCCUUCUUGGCCUAUGAGAUUCCAACAGACCCCAAGAGAAAACUCAAAAUCAAGAGAAGAGAGUACUGAUUCAGGUUCACUUUCAAGUAGAGCUCAACCCCAUUUUGAGCCAGAAUCUCCCAUCAGUAGAAAGGCCCUUGAACAGCAAGAACAACAACAGCAACAGCAACCACUUCAAGAUAUGGCAAGUCAUAAUCCAACAACUGAACUAGUUUCCAAGUCCAACAGUGAAAAGAAAAAGGGUGCUGCUUCAACCUCAGAGAGGAUACUUGAUGCUAAGACAUUAAGACGUUUAGCUCAAAAUAGAGAAGCAGCAAAGAAAAGCAGGAUAAGAAAAAAGGCUUAUGUACAACAACUAGAAACAAGUAGAAUAAGACUUUCUCAGCUAGAACAAGAACUUCAAAGGGCUAGCUCUCAGGGGAUUUUCUUGGGAGGAGGUACUGCUGCUGGUUCCAAUAUCAGCUCUGGUGCUGCAAUAUUUGACAUGGAAUAUUCAAGGUGGUUGGAGGAUGAUCAGAGGCACAUGUCCGAGCUUCGAACUGCAUUGCAAGCACAUUUAUCAGAUGGUGAUCUUAGAUUAAUAGUUGAUGGUUACGUAGCUCAUUACGACGAAAUUUUCAGCCUGAAGGGAGUCGCAGCAAAAACUGAUGUGUUUCACCUAAUCACUGGAAUGUGGAAAACUCCAGCUGAACGCUGCUUCCUUUGGAUGGGUGGCUUUAGGCCCUCUGAACUUAUCAAGGUGUUGAUUGGACAAUUGGACCCUUUAACAGAGCAACAAGUAGUUGGAAUUUAUAGCCUCCAACAAUCUUCUCAACAGGCAGAGGAAGCCCUUUCACAGGGACUGGAACAACUCCAACAAUCUUUAAUUGAUACUGUUGCCACUGCUUCUCUCAAUGAUGGCAUGCAUCAUAUGGCUCUUGCAUUGGGCAAACUUUCCAAUCUUGAAGGAUUUGUUCGUCAGGCCGAUAAUUUGAGACAACAAAUGUUGCAUCAAUUACACAGAAUAUUAACGGUUAGGCAAGCAGCCAGAUGUUUCUUGGUGAUUGGAGAAUAUUAUGGUCGACUUCGUGCUCUAAGUUCUCUAUGGGUAUCUCGUCCACGAGAGACACUGAUCGCGGACGAUAGUUCUUGUCAAACAGCAACGGGGUUACAAAUGGUACAAUCCUCUCAGAACCACUUCUCAAAUUUUUGAUCAUAUCAGUCUUAGCCAGAUAAAUGUCUAGUUGAUGAUGAUCAAAUUGUAUUUCUGAGAACUACGAACUUAGAUGAGUAGAAUUUUCCUUUUUUCUUUUUUACCUUUAUUCUUUUAUGCCGUUAGGUUCCUGGUAGCUCCAUGUUAUUAUUAUCUUGUAAAUGUAAGGAAUCAAGGUUAUGUGCGUGAGGAAGUUACCUUUGAGGGUCAUUUGGUUGAAAAUCAAGUUAUUCUAGGAUGAUUAUCAGAAUUAUAAUUAUAACCAGAAUUAUCUAUUCCACGUGGAAAAUGUCGAGCAAUAGCUGUGAGAUAAUAUGAAAUUUUUAUUAGCACCUUUUGUAUACGGUAAAAAUCGGACUUAUGCUAGACCGGUGAGACCGGGAAUCGAGGGAAGAAAGAAACAAGCAUGAGCAUGAAGACUUUCCUUCAGACCAGAGAUAUCGCACUAGAAGUGGUUGAUCAGAAGAAAGCGAAGGAAAUCGUUUAGUCCGGUUUCUCCAUAGCCGAAUUGAUCGUGGCCGUUGGUCCGGGUGAUUAGUUACAAAAUUGCCACGCGUCAAGACCGUUCUGCCACAUUGUACUGCCAAUCGUACGGGUGUCAGACCGUACGACCCAACCUUAUCCUUCUAGGGUUUUCUUUAUUCAAAAAGACUUUAUGUUGUACAAGGCCCACAAGACAAAACUAUAAAUAGGAGGCAUUACCCUACUUUCAAGGGUUGGUUUUUUCAGAUCUAGAAUAUUGCAAUAGCAAAAUAUA